AUUUACGAAAAUAAAUCACCUUUGGCUUUACCUCCUCACUCUAUCUUUAACAUUACCAAAGCCAGAAAAAACCUCAAAAGCCAUGACUUACAGUCCGAAGCGAGCCAUGGCUGAGCUCAGGCACUCCAUCUCGAUGGGGGCUCGAGGCACUUCUUCUCCAAUGAAGCGAGAUGAAGACUCCUCUCCUUUGAUCUCGGACAUUCAACCCGUAGACGACGACGACGGUCGCGGUCGCCACCCCUACAAAGAUCGUGACCGUCCCUUCUUCUCCCAUUUCCAAUACAUCUGUCCGUCCAUUGGCGACGACGCUAACAGCUCUAGGAUCUCACUCGUCGUGGUCAUUGUCGUUGCCCUCCUUGGCUUAGUGUCGAUUUUGGCAAUCGUGAAACGAGUGAAUGCUCCUUACUUGUGUAAAAAAGAUGGCAUCACUCUUCACUGUCCUCAUGUCAAGGAAGCGCCUUCACUUUGGGAGAAUCCUUAUUCAGCAACCACAUCUUGGAAGCCCUGUGCUGAGCGUCGCCUUGGUGGAUUUUCAGAUCUUCCACCUGAAAAUGAAACAACUGGGUACAUAUUUAUCCAUGCAGAGGGGGGUCUAAAUCAGCAAAGAAUUGCGAUAUGCAAUGCAGUGGCUGUGGCCAAAAUAAUGAAUGCCACCCUUAUUUUGCCAGUGCUGAAGCAGGAUCAGAUUUGGAAAGACCAAACGAAAUUUGAAGAUAUCUUUGAUGUUGAUCAUUUCAUUGAUUACCUGAAGGAUGAUGUACGCAUUGUUCGUGAUAUUCCUGAGUGGUUUACAGACAAAACUGAGUUAUUUUCAAGUAUAAGACGGACAGUAAAGAACAUUCCGAAGUAUGCACCGGCACAAUUUUACAUCGACAAUGUUCUGCCUCGAAUUAAGGAGAAGAAGAUAAUGGCCCUAAAACCUUUUGUUGAUCGACUGGGGUAUGACAAUGUCCCUCAAGAAAUCAACAGGCUAAGGUGCAGGGUGAACUAUCAUGCUCUUAAGUUUCUUCCUGAAAUAGAGCAGAUGGCUGAUUUAUUAGCAUCAAGGAUGAGAAACCGCACUGGCAGCUCCAAUCCUUAUAUGGCUCUUCAUCUUAGGUUUGAGAAAGGGAUGGUAGGUCUAUCCUUCUGUGAUUUUGUGGGCACAAGGGAAGAGAAAGCUCUAAUGGCAAAAUACAGAGAAAAAGAAUGGCCAAGACGGUACAAGAAUGGUACCCAUCUAUGGCAACUAGCCCUGCAGAAGCGGAAGGAAGGGAGAUGUCCCCUUGAGCCUGGGGAAGUGGCUGUGAUUCUUCGAGCAAUGGGCUAUCCUAAGGAGACUCAAAUUUAUGUUGCUUCCGGACAGGUCUAUGGUGGGCACAACAGGAUGGCACCACUGAGGAACAUGUUCCCAAAUCUGGUAACGAAAGAGGAGUUGGCAACUAAGCAGGAGUUGGAUAAUUUCAGGAAGCAUGUGACUAGCUUGGCAGCACUUGACUUCCUGGUUUGUUUGAAGUCUGAUGUAUUUGUGAUGACCCAUGGAGGCAACUUUGCUAAACUGAUCAUAGGGGCACGCAGGUAUAUGGGUCAUCGUCUUAAAUCCAUAAAACCGGACAAGGGGCUUAUGUCAAAAUCUUUUGGGGACCCUUACUUGGGAUGGGCAACCUUUGCCGAAGACGUUGUUGUCACCCACGAAACGCGAACUGGAUUACCAGAAGAGACCUUCCCUAACUAUGACCUGUGGGAGAACCCCCUGACCCCUUGCAUGUGCAAAGCUUGAACAAGGAUAUCUGAUUGAAAAACUUAACACUGAUUAUUGAGGAGCUUCUCCUCCAAAAGCUCGGAGAACAUAUACCUGUGAGAUGAAACUGUAAACUUCUUCUGCCCCAAAAGGCUCAAAAGAACGUUGCACGAUGUGAUCAAGACAAUUGAGGAAAAUUAGGGCAUACAUAAAACUUUUUGCGGUUUUGUCAUAAAUGUCAGAUAGUUUUCCAUGUAUCAUUAUAAUUGUGUAAAUUAUUAGAGAAACGUGAAAGAUGGUUUUCAUGUAGUGAUUGCUGCUCAAAUUAUUCGGAGAUAGAGGUUCAUAUGGUGAUUGAUGGGCACCAUUCUUUUAG